AUGGACUUCAAAUCCACUGCAGAGCGCUGCCUGGUGCAGGUGCCCUGCAGGGAACUCCAGCUCCACCCGGAACAAGGCCAGGCCUAUCUGAGUGUCCCCCCACUCGAGGACCUGCCACCAGGGAGCAAGUCCCAGACGUUGUCAGCACCUUCUGAUGAGUUCCGAAGGGGUGGGAAGCCGGCCUGCCAUCAGAAGGCCAUCCCCACCGCUCACCUCACUUUUGUCAUCGACUGUGCUCGUGGCAAACAGCUCUCCCUGGUGGCACCCCCAGUGCCGCCCCGAGCCCCCGGUCCCCAUCUGGGACCUGUCACUCCUCCAAUGAAGACCUAUAUCUUGUUCUGUGGAGAAAACCGGCCCCACCUGACUCAGGGGGCCCCUCUGGGUGGGGGACACCUGGCCCACGCCGGGGGGACCCUGCCACCCCGCAGUGGGACGGUGGCCCCAGCUUCCUCCCCAGUCGGUCCACGUGUCCCCCAGGAGGCUCCUGAAGCCAAGGGGAACCCCUUGAAGACUGUGCCCUCAAGGUCUUCAGCUUGGGGCACGGUCAUCGGCUCGCUCAAAGCCCUCUCCUCCUGUGUCUGUGGGCAGGCAGAGUAACAGGAAGAGCCUGGCCCUGGAGGAGGGGGUUGGCACAGCAGGCUUGAGAGCUCGGGGUGGGGGUUGGGGGCUGCAGUUCCCAAAGCCCAGCCCUCUUUCCCCACCAAGCAGAAGUCUUUGUGCCUGAGCCAAGGAAGAGCAUUGGAUCAGAUCAAGGACAUCUGAAACAGCCACUAAGUACACACUCAAAGGUCUUCUCCUUCCUCCUCCUUAUCUUUGUUCACCUUUCACUAGAAGCAGGAUAAGGCACCUAUGCAUGGAAAGAGACUAAUUCAUUCCUACAGCAAAUCCUAAUGGAGCAUCUUCUGCAUUCCAGGCUCUGCAAAGUACUAGGGAAGAGACCACAGCAUUCUUGGAGCUUAUCCUCAGAGCAGUGGGUGGGGGUGAGGGGAAGGGUUAAAUAAGUAAACAAAUAAAUAAAGAUGAUUUUGA